UCCUUAGCCCAGGCAGCCAAAGGUUUCAGGCUCUGCCUCCCAGCUCUAGCCCUGGCUCUAGCGUAAGCCCGGCCACUUAGCAACCCUUCUGAUUGCAUCUCCCGGCCCACCUCCUCCUAUUUAAUUCUCCUCCUCCUCUUCUCCCCCGCCUCUUCCGUUCCUCCGGGGAAAGGCGAAAACAUCUGCAUCACCCUUCUCCCACCUCAACCUCUGCUUAGAUCUGAAGAAGGAGGAUACUAGCUCUUCUGACAUUUGGGAAGCCGAGCCACAAGGUCUACAGCAGACAGCAGUCUAGAGUUACUGUGUGGCUUUCACCCUCUGCUACGAGCUGAAAGGCACAGCUUUCAGAAAUGUCAGAAAUCCUCCGGGAGCUAGUCUAUGUUUCUGAAAAGGCAGCAAACAUCGCCCGGGCCUGCAGGCAGCAAGAAUCACUUUUCCAACUACUAAUAGAAGAAAAGAAAGAAGGAGAAAAGAACAAGAAAUUUAUAAAUGACUUCAAGACAUUGGCUGAUGUGCUGGUACAGGAAGUUAUAAAACAGAAUGUAGGCAACAAGUUUCCAGGCUUGGAGAAUCAUAUAUAUGGAGAAGAAUCCAAUGAAUUUACUAACGAGCUAGGAGAAAAGAUCACAGUUAAAGUCUGUCCAACAGAAGAAGAAACUGCACAACUUCUUAGUAAGGUUCUUAAUGGUAACAAGUUGGCAUCGGAGGCACUGGCCCAAGCUGUCCAUCAGGAUAUUUCAUUUGCUGACCCAACUCUAGAUUUGGUGAAAAUCAACAUUCCACAAGACAUCAUGGGAAUGUGGGUGGAUCCCAUAGACUCUACUUAUCAAUACAUAAAAGGGUCUUCUGACAUCAAGCCCAAUCGAGGAAUAUUUCCAUGUGGACUUCAGUGUGUUACUAUAUUAAUUGGUGUCUAUGAUAGACAAACAGGGGUACCUUUGAUUGGAGUCAUCAAUCAACCAUUUGUAUCACAAGAUGUAAAAACACUCAGGUGGAAAGGACAGUACUUUUGGGGCCUUUCUUAUAUGGACUCCAACAUUCAUUCACUCCAGCUUUCCAGCAAGAAUGGAAAUAAUGGUGAAGCAACCAGCCAAUUGACUGAAGAGGCCAGCUGUGAACCUAAGCACUUUUCUGCUGUCAUUAGUACGAGUGAAAAGGACGCUAUCAAAACAGCCCUAUCCAAUGUAUGUGGUGAAAAUGUCUACGGAGCAGCUGGAGCUGGGUACAAGAGCCUUUGUGUUGUACAAGGUCUUGUGGAUGUCUAUGUCUUUUCCGAGGAUACCACAUUCAAAUGGGACUCCUGUGCCGCUCACGCCAUAUUGAAGUCAAUUGGUGGAGGAAUGGUGGAUUUGAGAGAGUGCUUAAAAAGAAACCCAGAAACUGGGCUUGAUUUGCCACACUUGUCAUACAAUGUGGACAAUCAAGGGGCUACUGGUGUAGAUCGAUGGGCCAAUAAGGGUGGACUUGUGGCUUACAGAUCACGGCAACAGCUAGAAACAUUCCUGGAUCUGCUGAUCAAAAACUUGUCACUUUCUAGCACAUUGACAUAGGUCAGCGCCUGAAAUCAGUGUGCAUUUGUCUUACACCAUAACAGUAUUUCUGAUUACUUUUAUCUCUAAAGUAGCUUUGUAUUGUUCUGUGGUUAAAUGUUCAAGUUCUUCCUAUGAAUUGCAAUACCUAUUUGCACUUAAAAGCAACUUUUUUUUUAACUAUGCUUUAAAAAUCACUAAUUCUGAUCUUUGAGAUUGAAGAAUUUUGUGUAACAAUAUUAAUGUAUCUAGUGCAAAAUUAGGCUACCAAAGACUGGUCCAAAACAGAAUAUUUAAAUUAUAAUGUGGAUUCUUUGGAUUAUAGUAAAAUUCAGUUUUGAUGGGAAAAGACAUAAAUUUAUGUGGGAAAUGGAUAGUAUUCUAAAUCUAUACCCAAUGACUUACCCUCCAAUAAAAACAUCUAAGUUACUUAGAAUUUGGGGAAAAUAAUCUCUGUACCAUAUAAAUCUUUACUCCUAUAAAUAUUACUGACUUACUAACCCUUAUUAAAAUUAUCUGAUAGAUCCUACUCCUAUUUUGUGGUCUUUCAGACACAGUCCUGCUAGCCACAAAGAUGGGCAGGGUGGGAGAGAAGAAGCUUGAGUUCAAACCCACAGUGAGAACAUCAUCCAAGAUAAAGGGGAUCAAAAGCAGAAAGAGCCCCCUUCAAAAAUGGUUUCUCAGGAUUGCCAGACUGUUGUCUGCUCUGCGCCCUCUGGUGGCUAUUUGGAGUACCUGCAGCGUUCUCUAUCAACAAAAAGCACUGAACUCAAAUUUGGUAUUUUAAUGGAGGAUAUUUAGUAGGCAGAGAAUUGAAACUUCAGAUCAUGGUUCUGAUUUUUUCCUUGCCUUUCCUUCUAGGACUCUCUGAUUCUCAUUGUGUACAAAUAAAAAUUAGUUAAUCUGAAUCAAUCAAUAAAUAUUUAUUAAGCACCUACUGUGUGCCAGGAACUGUGCUGAGUUCUAGAGAUACAAAAAGGCAAAAAAAGACAGUCCUUGUGCUCACAGUAUAAUGGAGGAGCUCACAAUCUAGUGGAUGAAUCAAGAAAAAAAUUAUUCUACUGUUAUGGUAGAAACAGUUCAUUCUGAGAUAGUGGCGUUCCCCGCUCCCAAGUUGCUUAAGCCUUUUGCAGACAUUCUGUAAGAUGAGAUGAGUAGAUUGGUAGGAAUUAUUACCUGUAUGUUAGGAAAACUGGUGAAGACCAGAGAAGGUGACUGUGAAACCUAAUAUUCCUCACUGAUGUAAACCAUUUAAUUUACAAAAUGUUCAGUUGGUCUUUUUGUUUAACAGCUUCACAUAAACCAGUUUUGGGUUGUAAACUAGGAUAUCUUAUUUAUUUUCUUACUCUUUUGGAUUAUUUUAAUUACAAUGUAUAAUAACAUGUAUGUGAUAAAAACCAAACUGGAAUAAAGAACUAUGUAGCAUGCAGUAGUGCUGUGAUGA